CGCGUGCAGACAAUGAUUGCACUGAUGUCAGCCACAUGGUCAAAAAAGUUGGCGGUGAGCGAUCUUCUUUCGAGCAGCCUGAUAGGGCGGUCACAUAUGAACAUUGUGUGGCAAGCAAUCCUUCAACUAAAACUUCGUGAAUUGAGUCGGUCGGCCUAACAGUCUUCUUAGAAUUUCUUGGACAAAGUCAUGGGUAUCAUAUUUGGGCGGCCGGCCCCUGACGGGCGGCCCGCCCGCAGGAAGAAGAAAGGUGCGGGGAGGCGGAAGAAGAAAGACGAGUUCCUGGAUUCAAACAGGAAGCACAUGGACUUGGAUGAGGACGAGGAGGAACCAAAGCUGGCGCUGAAGGAAGUGUAUAAGCUUCUGGCGCAGCGGAGACUGGCGACGAGAAAAACGCUGUCUGUCGCUCGGUGGCACCCGAACCGGGGCCUGGCGGAGGCGUUGGUGAUGAAGGGCAACAUGUGGCAGAACAUGGGCAUCGUGCGCCAGGGCCGUAUCUUCUGUCAGCCCGAGGAGGCGCUGUACAUGGUCGAGCGCGGCAGCCUGUUGCUUCUGUUGGGUUCCGAGCCCGCAUCCGUUCAGCAAGUCCACUCCCUUUUGCUGCACCAAGGGCGGCCGCUACAGGCUUAUCACGUGUACUGCAAUUUGCGGAAACUCGGGUACAUUUUACAGCGAUACGACAUGCCGUGGGUGUAUCCCGUCUCUCAGAAUCGGCGGAAGGUGGAUGGGGAGAAGAAAGGGGAGGAAACGGGGGAGAAUGGGGAGGUUAGUAGUGAGACAAAGGGUGUUGCCAGUGCGAAAGGAAUUGAGGGGGGAAUUGUCGAGACCAGUAAAAAUGGAGGGGCAGAGGCAGGGGUGAAAAAUAAGAAGGAAAAGGAGGGGGGGGGGGGCAAGGAGAAGACGGAUAAGAAGGAGAAGAAAGAGAAGAAAGGAAAGAAGGAGAAGGGGGAUGGGAGCAAAAAGGGACAGGGGAAUGGAGCUGGAAGCAAAGACGGGGCUGGAAACACUGAGGAGAGCUUAGGGGGAGCGGGAGGGGCACUUACGGAGCAAUCUGCAAAUGCGGGGCCGAGUGCAGCAACCGAACCUGGGGAGGGGGAGCGAGAAGAGGGGACUUUGAGCGAGAGGGGGAUCCCUCAGGAGGGGGUCCAGGCAGAGGUUUGUAGUGGGUCUGCUGAGCCGCUGACUGAAAACACAAGCGAAUCUUUGGCUGAGGGGACGGUUCGUGACCCCCCUGAAGUUGCGGCGCAAUCAAAUGGAAACGACGGAGUCCUUUUGCAAGAUGGAACUCUUUCUUCGGCCCGAGACGACGGGGAAGGAUCGGUUAGCAGCGCUACAACUAAAGAGGCGACCAUUGUCGAGGUACAGGACGCAGACCCCGAUUCUCAACAAGAUCCGCCGGAAUUCCAGGGGGAUCCCUCCAACUCCGAAGUGGGUACCUCCGUCCCCGAGACAGACCUCGGCCUUUCUGAAGAAGCAAUCGCCAAUGCUGGCACAGAAGACUUCCGGAAAGGCCCUGUUGAGAUUGCGCCGACCGGACGCAAGAAGGGAAAACCGGGGCCCCUUGACCUGAACGAGGCCUCGACGUUCGUAAACCUGAACGUGAAAAACUAUCACCCGCUCGCGCCGUACUUGUUCCUUGGACAGCCCAAGAAGCGCAAACGUGGGGGGCCCAAAACCGAGGGCGCGACAACUGGGGGGGACGAUUCGCCUGGCGAGGCAGGGGGGGAGACGGAAGAAGCAACGAAUAGGGGGGGUGCUUUAGCGAGCGUUGCUGCGGGGGAGUUUACGGAAGCUGCCGCGAUGGCACAAGGUGUAGAGAUAGGCAGCGGGGCUCCAGAAACGAUAGAGUCGCAUGAGGCGGGCGGUGCGCCGCGGUCGGAUGACGUCACGAUCGACAUCAUUGAGCCGCACGGCGAAGCACGCGACGCCCUGAGCGCGCCGACGUCAGCAGACGCGCCGGACGCGACCUUGCUGACGUCACCGGAGGAGGCGGUCCUCGAGUCGACAGUCGACAUGGGCGCGUUGCACGCGUUGCUGGACCUGAGCCGGUGCACGAUGCCCCCCCCCAUUCCGAAACCGUCCACGUGGCAGAAGCUCCGAUGGGGUCUGCGGCGCGCGUUGCGGUGGCGGUGGUGGCCCUGGAUGUGGGGCCGGGGGGGGAAGCGGGAACUAGGCACGGGGAGAACGAUGAAACCGUUGCAGCGGCUCACUCAGGACCAGCCACGUGGCACAAGACCCGCCCCUGGGAGAAGGGUGUUUCCGGAAGUUGGUGAGAACGCGGAAGUGUCAGUGGGUUCCGAAACGGGGGGUUCCGAACAGCAGGCGACCGAGGGGGGGGGAGCGCUUUACCCGGAGAUGUGGGCGGCGGACGAGGGGGAGCGUUUGGCGCAAAUACGCGAGCGGCGGUCGGUCGUGUAUGACGUGUGGCAGCCGAACUCGCGGUUCCGCAAGACGGACCCGGGGCUCCCAUUCUUCCGGCUCAUCAUCGCAGGGACUCAGCCGCCCACUCGGAAGGAGUUGCACUUGUACCGGGAACUUUAUGGCGAGGAGGGCGUGCCCCUCAAGUACUGCUUCGUCGAAGUGACCGGGGCGUCGACGUUCUUCAGCUACGAGACGGUUGCGUUACCGUCCGUGGUCUAAAGUGUCGGUUGCCUGCUUUUGAAGUUUCGGAGCGCGCACGUACGGUAGCCUGUUCAGCAUGGCAUGGUAUUGGGAUACAGUUAAAGGAGCGCACAUUGAGAAAGGCGAGCUAAACCGAGUCCAAUUCCUGCCAGCCAGGCGAUGAAGUUGACGCCAGCAUUCAGAUGACCACGCGUUAUGUUGAUCAUUGGAGUAGUACAGCAUUAUGAGCGACCGUCUCUUAUUAUUUGUGCCCAUUUGGUUUCAACAGGCAGGCAGCCAGUGCAUUUACGCAAUAUUGAUGCGCAAAUGCAUGGGGCCAUAGACAAUAUCAAGCCUGAGACUCUAUUGCUUAUAUGAUCAUUGGAUAAUGCACACAUGUUCGAU